AACAAUAUCAUAAACACCAGUUAAUUUUUCGGCUUUGAUAAAAUUUGAAAUCUUAGUGAAAGUAUUUUUGAACCUCUAAUCCUGAGCCAGAAUGACUUUGGGUCGAGCUCUCGGGGGCUUAGUACUUACGGGUGUUCCCCGGAGCCGGAGUUUGCAUCAGAGGAGAACGCGACGACCAUUCCCUGUGGUCCCAGAUGCGAGGCUGAACACCCCAGCGCAGUCUUCCCGACCACCGCGCAUCCUGGUCAAGAGCUUCCUGGCCCUACACCAACUGGACUCGGCCUACAUGCAGGAUGCUCCUCGUGAUCUUAGAGACUUCUUUAUGUCAAACUGGAAAAAUGUAAAGAGCUGAUACACAAGUCUAGACUGUCGCCUUUACUGAAAUAUAAAUUUAAUGCGAGCAAAUAAAUUUAUUAUGUACAUUUUUGUAAAUUAAGUA